GAAAAACCCUAAACCUUCGCAUCUCUCUCCCUCUCACUCCGUCGCCGGCCCCGCGCCUCACUCUUCGCCGCCGACGCCUCACCCUUCCUCUUCCCCCCUCCAGCUUUCCCGGACGCUCCCACCUCUCUCGUUCUUCAUCUCAGAUUGCAUUUGGAACCUUAUCCUCAAUUUGGUCUGGUGUUCAUUACAUCAUAAUAAAGAAUGGCUGACGUAGUACAGUAUCGGCUUGAGCGUAUGACCAAUGAGCUCAACGACCUUGAGCAACGUGGAAUUUUUACUCGCAGAGAGAUAUCUGAGAUUGUCAAGAAGCGUACCAAGUUUGAGUACCGGCUCAAACGUCCGAGCCCACUCAAACAGGACUACCUUGCCUAUAUUGACUAUGAGACUCAGCUCGACUCACUCCGCCGGCUCAGGAAAAAAUCAGCAAUGCGUGAGCUUCAAAAGGAGGGCCUCAAGACCACAAAGAAGAUGAAGAAGUCAGUUUCAGACUUUGCUGGAAUCAUGAGGAUUUUUGAUAUUUAUAGGCUUGCAGUCAUGAGGUUUAAGGGAGAUAUUCAGCUCUGGUUUCGGUACCUUGAGUUCUGUCGACAACAAAGGAAUGGUAGGAUGAAGAAGGUCCUGGCUGAUGUAAUCAAAUUUCACCCGAAGGUCCCUGGUGUCUGGAUUUAUGCUGCAGCUUGGGAAUUUGACCAUAACUUGAAUGUUGAAGCUGCCCGUGCUAUCAUGCAGAAUGGGUUACGAGUUUGCACAACUUCAGAAGACCUCUGGAUUGAGUAUCUUCGAAUGGAACUCACAUUCCUCAAUAAAUUGAAGGCUCGGAAGGUUGCGCUCGGAGAGGAUGAGGGCACUUUUACCCGUGAUCAGAUAAGUUCGGAGAAGAAACAGUGGAUAGAUGAAAACAAAGACUUGUUCAUGUCUCUGAAUCAUGGAGGAGAAAAUAAUGAAGGUUCAGAUGAUGAAAAUGAAAAGAAAAUGAAGAAAAUUAGCAAGUUUCAAGAGCAAGGUUUUAGCAUAAUAAGAACCAUAUAUGCUGGCGCACUAGAAGCUCUUCCCUCUAGUUUUAGUUUGAGAAAAUGUUUUUUGGAGAUUGUGGAAGCUACUGACUUGGUCAAUUCAGAAGCAAUACUUAGGGAAAUACUAAGUGGUAUGAAAAGAGACUUCUCAACAGACCCAGAGUACUGGGAUUGGCUUGCAAGACUCGAAUAUGAUCCUGCAAGUAGGGAAGAUAUCGGUGAAGAAGUUGCACUUUCUCAAAUAGAAAAGGCAGUUCAGGUUUAUGAGGAGGCUAUAGAAGUUUUACCUACGGCCAUAAUGCUCAACCACUAUGCGAAAUUUUUGAAUGGUGUUGUCACUCUACUAAAACUAGAGAACAAGCCUUCUGGGCUAUCUACACCAUCUGACAGCUAUAUUCCUCUUCUUUUGAGGGCUUAUGAAAAGGUUAAAACAAUGGGGUAUAUUGAUGAAGACCUUGCUUGUGAGCAUAUUGCAUUUCUUUUGCAACUUGGAAGACUGGAGGAGGCCCAGAAACUGGCAGAAGAUCUUUGUUGUGGAGUAUUUCCAAAUUCAAUGAAGUUAUGGCAAGUAAGAAUCUCCACCGCAAUUAGACACCUUACAAGGGAUUCCCUGUCUCCAAGUAAAGCUGAGCUACUAUCCAUCUUUCAACUUCUCAAAGAUGUUUUGACAAGAGUGUCCAUAUCAGAAGCUGAGAGCCUGUGGUUAAUUGCCCUUAAAUUCUUCGCAAAUCAUAAACAUUAUUUUGACAAGUUGGUGGAGAUUUCUGUUAAAUCAUUGACAAAAGACGGCGGCAGUGAACAAGGGUUUUCCCUCUCUGCUGCUAUUGUGAAUUUUGUUCUUCAAAAGGAUGGACUUCCACAUGCUAGAGAGAUGUAUAAACGCUUCAUUGCUUUACCACACCCUGGGCUUGCUUUAUAUAAAGCCUGCAUUGAAUUGGAAUCAAACUUUGCAUCCAUUGGUGAUAAAGAUAGCCUUGUCCGUGCCAGGAAAUUAUAUGAAUCUGCACUUAAAACUUAUGACCAAGAUUUGAGCUUAUGGCGAGAUUAUUAUCUGAUUGAGACCAAGAUGGGGACAUCAGAAACAGCUUCUGCUGUACAUUGGAGUACACGGAAGGUUCUGAAAGACACAACUGCACUUGUAACUCCCGAUUUGUAAUCGUAAUGUCAGAUGCUAUUCAUUUUUGGCCUCCUGUCUGAGAUAUUUACCACUUUGAAUGUGGUUAAAUUUCUGUUGAAUCCAAGAUAUUAAAGGA